AUGUUCAGAGCAAUUUGGCCGGGACGACUACAUAUCUACGCCUUUCUAUGGUGGUAUACAAUCAGGUUGCAAAAGAUUGAAAAAAAAACAGCUGUGCCAAGUUUGUUUAAAUGGACGAAAGUAAGGAAUGGAAGUGAUGAAAGAAGAAAACGGAUAGAAAGAAGAAGUAAUACUGUAGUAGCUUCUAGUAGCAAUGUUGUUGGUGAUAAUGGUGAAGAUAUAUUUUAUGGCUGUAUGGACAAUAUAGGUUUACAAGAUGAUGUAAUUGUAGAACGUUCAAUUUCAGAUGAUUUUAAUUUUCAAAUCCCAGUUAAUGUUAAUGCCGAAACUGUUGAAACUGCAACACAAACACUUCCACUCAAACAAUAUUAUUUCUCUUCAGAAAAUUUUAAAGAUGAUUCAGCAGGAAUUCAUUUUUAUACUGGUUUAGAGUUUUAUGCAAAAUUUUUAAUGGUUUUUCAGUCAUUAGGAGCUGCCGUUCACCAUCUACGUGCUGCUCACAGCUCUGGAACUAUAUCUAUUUUACCAGCUAUUGAUCAAUUUUUUCUGACUCUUAUUAAAUUUCGUCAGCAUAAAACUAAUUUUGAAUUGUCUAGAAUGUUUGGAAUUUCAGAAUUUUCUGUUUCAAAUAUUUUUAUUACUUGGGUUUGUUUUAUGUUUAAACAAUGGAGUGAGCUGAAUAUAUGGCCACCUAGAGAGGUUGUAUAUUACUAUUCUCCCAAGGAUUUUAAAUCUAAAUUUCCAGCCACAAGGUGUAUUAUUGAUGGAACCGAAAUACCGAUUAAAAAACCUAAACCCCCAUUAACACAACAAGCAACAUUUUCAACUUAUAAAAACCAAAAUACUGUAAAAACUUUAGUUUCAGCAAUACCUGCAGGUUUAAUUGUUGAUAUCCCAAAAGCUUAUGGAGGUAGUACAAGUGAUCGUCAGAUUAUUGAAAGAGGGGGUCUUGUAUCUAUGUGUGACCCAGGUGACUCUAUCAUGGCAGAUAAGGGAUUUAAUGUUCAGGAUAUUUUUGCUCCCAAAAAUGUUACAGCGAACAUUCCUUCAUUUUUUAGGAAAAAACAGACUUUCAGGUAA